AUGAAGACCAGUCAACUAUUUACUCUUGCUACUGCCGCUAUUUCCGGCGCUGAGGCAUACUACAAAGGAUUCAAUAUCGGGGCUAACCUGGCCAACGGAGCAUGUCGAAGCGAGUCAGACUGGGAAUUCGUCUUCAACAAGGUCGCCAGCUUUCCAGGAAACUUCAAGAGCGCCAGGCUGUACGCCUCGAGCGACUGCAAUACCCUGGCAAACGCAGUGCCUGCCGCCAUCAAGACUGGGACCGCACUCCUUGUCGGCGUCUGGACCGAGGAUAACAAUCAUUAUGAGGCAGAAAAGCAAGCAUUAUUGGAAGCCAUUCAACAAUACGGGCAUGAUUGGAUAUUGGCUGUUUCUGUUGGUUCUGAAGAUCUGUAUCGGGGCGACACCGACGCAAAUACAUUGGCAUCGCAGAUCAAUGAUGUCCGUGGUAUGCUUUGGGGCCUUGGAGCAAGCAGCAAGUCUGUUGGGCACGUCGAUACCUGGACCGCUUGGGUGGACCCUGCCAAUACAGCCGUGAUUGAGGCUGUUGACUGGCUUGGUAAUGAUGCAUAUCCCUACUGGCAGGGCGUUCAAAUCGACAAUGGCGCCGCAAACGACGCGUAUUGGGCUGCAGUCAAUCAAGUUAGAGCCGUCGCGGGCGGUCGUGACGUGUGGACAACUGAGACCGGCUGGCCUAUUUCUGGCGACGCUGUGGGCAACUCUGUCCCCUCGGUCGAAAAUCUGCAAACCUACUGGUGGCAGGUCUCGUGUGCAAGCUUCGACAGUCUGAACUACUUCUUCUACGAUGUUGACGACUUCGCGGCCUCACCGAGCUUCGCUGUAGUCGACUCCAACUACGACCCUCUCAUCGACAUGACCUGCGGUUCGUGA